AUGGGCUCUCAGCUUAGUAUUUUCACAAACGACAGCGAUACGGGUUCUACUUCAACAUCAUCAUUUAUUUAUAACACAGAAUAUAUUGCUAAAAUAACAAAUAAUAAAGUUAAGUUACCUGCAAAUUUAAGAUCUAUAUUCUAUGACAACAGAUGGAUCCCUCUAAUAAUGAUAUCAGAUGAAGGACCAGGUGGGAAAAAGAAUGAUAGAGAAGAGAGAGAUCAAGGUCGCACUGGUAGUAAUACAGGCAACACUAGUAAAAAAACUGAUACAGAAUAUAUAUUAUAUUUGAACCAAGGUUAUACCAAUGGGAAUUUCCCAUUAGAAUACAAGUUUGUCAAUAUGGAACAAAAUGACAAGCUAUUAGAUUUGAGGAUAAAAAAAUUUAAACCAACACAGAAUAAUACCAACAACAACGAAUUGCUAAAAUAUUCUAUAAGUUUUGAUAAUAUAACAAGUACAGGUUGUUAUAGACUUGUCUUGAGAUUAAACAAAAAUGUUGUUUUAUUGGAUAUUCCUAUAUAUAUCGAGUGCAUUAACACCUCUACCCCAGCUCCUACUAUUAUUAACCCUGUUUUGAAAUUUGAAUCGCUACUUCAAGAUGGCCCUAUUUUUAGGACUCAAAUUAAAAAUACAGAAAAUUUUAUAACGACCGGCAUUCUAAAAUCAAAUUACAAAUCCAUAUUGGAAAAAUCAACCAAAAUUAUAGAAAACUUAAAUUCAACUAUAUCAGAAUUUCAAAACUUAUCUACUUUGUUUUAUGACUUGGCUACUAAAAUUCUCCCUGAAAUGUGUGGCGGUAAACUGACUUUUUUAAUUCCAAUUUACGAAUCUAUUAGCAAAUAUAUACACUCCAUAAUGUUACCAGAUUUAUCAACAAUACAACAAAAUACCCAAAAAGCGAUCAAUAUUCCCUUAAGCCGGUAUUUACAAACAAAAAUUUUGGAUCACAAGAAACUACAAAGUAAAAGAAAGAAUUAUCAAGAUUCCAUUAAAGAUUAUUAUUCAUAUAUUGGCAAAACAUUGAGUAGUAGCGAUAAUAAAAAAUCUUUUUUGAAAAAAUUACAAUUUGAAAAUAGCAGACUAGACUAUUUUCAAACGUUGUCAAAUUUGUUAUUAGGCAGCGAAGCAAGAGAACUAGGUUAUCAAUUAAAUUCCUUUGUGCCGAAUAGUAAUUUAAAUGCGUUUAAAUUUGAUCAGGAUUUUACAGAGUAUAAUAAACUGGUUCUAGCCUACAAAAGAAAAUUAACUACUGCCACAACUUUUGCAGAUUUUGAUAAAAUAUUGGUUCCUAAUAGUUCACGUAUUACAUAUGAUAAUAUAGGUACCUGUGCUAAUACUGAUGCUUAUAACGAUUCCUAUAAUGAUAAUGAUAAUAAUGUUUAUAACGAAUCCUUAAAAAUGAGAUCUACUAGUGCCAUUACUAAUACCUUUACUGCUAAUUCUAAUGGCAUCUCCUCCACUUUAACAAAUAAUUCAACUUCCUCUUCCUCAUCCGUAUCUCAUAAUACCUAUAAUGUAAAUAAUAGUACUGAUAAUGAUAAUCAUAUUGCUAAUAAUAAUAAUAAUAAUAACAACAACAAUAAUAAUAUUAAUUAUAAUAGUGAUAACAAUAAUAAUAAUAAUAAUAAUACUAAUAAUACUAAUACUACUACUACUACUACUACUACUACUACUAAUAAUAAUAAUAAUAAUAAUAAUAAUAAUGUUAAUGCUAAUACUACUACUACUACUAAUAAUAAUAACCCUAAUAAUAAUAAUAAUGAAGGAAAAAAAAUUCAUAAAGAAGGGCUAUUAUGGGUUUACACUGGCCUAUUAAAUAAAAAACAACAACAACAACAUCCACAGCAACAAUCCUUCCAUGAUAAUCAUGCUACUGGCAAUACUGCUAAUAAAGAUUCCAGUUUUAUAAAUACCUCUGGCGGUGUGGACACAAAUGAACAUGCAUCUGCCAGCAAUAAUAUAUCAUCUCCAAUAGUAGCGUCAGUUAAUCCUUCUUUAACUGGUUGGCAUAAACAAUGGGUUGUUUUAUCUGACAAUAAGUUGAGCGAGUUUUCAGAUUGGAAAUCAAAAGGUGAAAUAUUAACCAGAGCAGCGUUGGAUGUUUCAUUUAGUUGCAUUAAAAAAUUAGAUAAAAAGGCAAAUGGGUUUGAAAUUAUUACACCUAAGGGCGAAUCUAGGCUGUAUCAAGCUGAAAAUAAUAAUGAUAUGGAAAAUUGGAUAAAAGCUUUGAAUGUAGCUAUUGGUUUGGAACAUGAAAAGAGUAAAGAAAAACAAAGUUUUGACGCCAUCAAUCAAAGUAAUAAUGUAUUAAAUGACAGUGCUGGUGGUAAAAUUAAAAAUGGUAUUGUUGCUGCUACCCAUGCGAAUAGCAAUACUACCACUAAUACUAAUAACAAUCUCCCACCUCAUCAAAACGAACUAAAAUUAAAAAAUGAUACAGUGGAUCUUAGUCCAUUAGAACUUGUUUAUUCUAUAAAUGACUCGAAUAGGACUUGUUGUGAUUGUGGUUCACAAGAUCAAGUAGAUUGGAUAUCAAUUAAUUUACUAAACGUUCUUUGUAUUAAUUGUUCGGGAGUGCACAGAUCUUUGGGUACUCACAUAUCAAAAAUAAGAUCAUUGAAAUUGGAUACCUUUAACUCGAAAGAAAUGUGGGAAUUGUUUAAUUAUGUUUCAAACAAAAAUUGUAACAGUAUAUAUGAGGCAACUUUAGAUCCCAAGUUAAAAGCCAAGUGGUUUAAAGAUCCAAGUAAUGUUACCCAGCUGGAUAGAAAUAAUUUCAUUAGAAGUAAAUAUGUUGACAAGAAAUUUGUCUAUUUUAAAGAGCCGCGUAUCAAUUCUGCCAGCACAAAUGAUGAUAGAAAAAAACUUCAAAAUUCUUUAGUUAAGAGCAUUCAUGUCAAUAGUAUCUAUAUGAUUCAGCAAUUAGUUGGUGAAGGUGUUGAUUUAAACUUUGACAGCCUAUCUAUAUUAGUCUAUUCGUUGAAACAUUUCAUUUAUAAAAAUGAGCAACCCGUUUUUUACAUCACCGAGUUUUUAAUAUUAAAUGGGCUAAAAGUGGAAAAAAUACCUAGCACUAUCCAAUUAACUACAGCACAGCGUAACUAUUGGAUUAAUCAAUUGGAAAAUAUGGGUGUGCUAAUGAAUGAUAAUCGUGAUAAUAAUAACUCAUUUAGUUUAAAUUCUAAUGACAGCGUUAACAGAAGCCACACGUUUGCCAAUCAUAGCCAAAAAUCAAAAACUCAUAAUUUAUCAAAUAUUAAUAACUCAAGUCAUAAUAAUCCCAAUACUAACAAUAAUAUACCAAGAAGACGAACUUUGGCCUAUAAUUCUACGAAUAAAACUAAUAAAGAUCAUGCUUAUGCUGGUAACACCUCAUUGUCACCAAUAGGUUCGCCUACUUCAUCUGGUGGGUUAGCUUUCCCUAAGAAUUUAAAGUUCCCCAAACUUGGAAGCAAUAAUAAAUAA